CCUUUUUUGUCUUUCUUGAAAGUCUAACAGGAUUCUCUUUCAUCCCAGACUCACAAACAAUUGAGGAAGAUGAAAGUAAGAAUUCUGUGGAGCCACCUGUGAAUUCAUUGGGAAGAACAAAGAAACAGCUUAAAUGUAUGGAAUGUGGGAUGUGCUUUUAUCACAGUGGAAGUCUGAGGAGACAUCAACAAACUCACAAAGGAGAGAAACUAUUUGAAUGUAUGGAGUGUGGAAAGAACUUCAAAUGGAAGGAUAACCUUACAGUACAUUGGCGAACUCACACGGGGGAGAAACCAUUUAAAUGUAUUGAAUGUGGAAAGAGCUUCAGUCAACUGGGGGACCUUAGAAUACAUCAACGAACUCACACGGGGGAGAAACCAUUUGAAUGUAUUGAAUGUGGAAAAAGCUUCAGUAAGAAUGGAGCACUUAAAAUACAUCAACGAACUCACACGGGAGAGAAACCAUUUAAAUGUAUUGAAUGUGGAAGGAGCUUCAGUGAAAGUGGGAAACUUAGAAUACACCAACGAACUCACACAGGGGAGAAACCAUUUAAAUGCAUUGAAUGUGAAAAGAGCUUCAGUGGAAGCCAAACACUUAGAAGACACCAACAAAUUCAUACGGGAGAGAAACCAUUUAAAUGUAUUGAUUGUGGAAAGAGCUUCAGUGAAACUGGGAAACUUAAAAUACACCAACAAACUCACACAGGGGAGAAACCAUUUCAAUGUAUUGAAUGUGGAAAGAGCUACAAUCAAAGUGGAGACCUUAGAAUACACCAACUAAUUCACACAGGGGAGAAACCGUUUAAAUGUAUUGAAUGUGGGAAGAGCUUCAGUAAGAAUGGAGCACUUAGAAUACAUCAACGAACUCACACGGGAGAGAAACCAUUUAAAUGUAUUGAAUGUGGAAGGAGCUUCAGUGAAAGUGGGAAACUUAGAAGACACCAACGAACUCACACAGGGGAGAAACCAUUUAAAUGUAUUGAAUGUGGAAAGAGCUACAAUCAAAGUGGAGACCUUAGAAUACACCAACUAAUUCACACAGGGGAGAAACCGUUUAAAUGUAUUGAAUGUGGGAAGAGCUUCAGUAAGAAUGGAGCACUUAGAAUACAUCAACGAACUCACACGGGAGAGAAACCAUUUAAAUGUAUUGAAUGUGGAAGGAGCUUCAGUGAAAGUGGGAUACUUAGAAAACACCAACGAACUCACACAGGGGAAAAACCAUUUAAAUGCGUUGAAUGUGAAAAGAGCUUCAAUGAAAGUCAAACACUUAGAAGACACCAACAAAUUCAUACAGGGGAGAAACCAUUUAAAUGUAUUGAAUGUGGAAAGAGCUACAGUGAAAGUGGGAAACUUAGAAGACACCAACGAACUCACACAGGGGAGAAACCAUUUAAAUGCAUUGAAUGUGAAAAGAGCUUCAAUGAAAGUCAAACACUUAGAAGACACCAACGAAUUCAUACGGGGGAGAAACCAUUUAAAUGUAUUGAAUGUGGAAAGAGCUACAGUGAAAGUGGGAAACUUAGAAUACACCAACGAACUCACACAGGGGAGAAACCAUUUAAAUGCAUUGAAUGUGAAAAGAGCUUCAAUGAAAGUCAAACACUUAGAAGACACCAACGAAUUCAUACGGGGGAGAAACCAUUUAAGUGUAUUGAAUGUGGAAAGAGCUUCAGUCAAAGUGGAGACCUUAGAAUACAUCAACAAACUCACACAGGGGAGAAACCAUUUAAAUGCAUUGAAUGUGGAAAGAGCUUCAGUGGAAGCCAAACACUUAGAAGACACCAACGAAUUCAUACGGGAGAGAAACCAUUUAAAUGUUCCUAUUGUCAGAGGCUUAGUGCUAGCUUCAGUGAAAGUGGAAAACUUAGACUACAUCAACAAACUCAUACGGGGGAGAAACGAUUUGAAUGUUUUGAAUGUGGAAAGAGCUUCAGUGAUAGUGGAGCACUUAGAAUACAUCAACGAACUCAUACGGGGGAGAAACCAUUUAAAUGUAUUGAAUGUGGAAAGAGCUACAGUGAUAGUGGAUCACUUAGAAUACAUCAACGAUCUCACACGGGAGAGAAACCAUUUGAAUGUUUUGAAUGUGGAAAGAGCUUCAAUGAAAGUCGAACACUUAGAAGACACCAACGAACUCACACAGGAGAGAAACCAUUUAAGUGUACUGUAUGUGAAAAGAGCUUCAGUCGUAGUGGAACACUUAGAAGACAUCAACGAACUCACACAGGGGAGAAACCAUUUGAAUGUAUGGAGUGCGGUAGGAGCUUCAGUCAAAGUGGUGCACUUAGAAUUCAUCAACGAACUCACACGGGGGAGAAACCAUUUAAAUGUACUGUAUGUAGAAAGAGCUUCAUUGAAAGUGGAACACUUAGAAUACACCAACGAACGCACACGGGAGAGAAACCAUUUAAAUGUAUUGAAUGUGGAAAAAGCUUCAGUCGUAGUAGAACACUUAGAAUACAUCAACGAACUCACACGGGAGAGAAACCAUUUGAAUGUUUUGAGUGUGGAAAGAGCUUCAGCAGAAGUGGAACUCUUAGAAUACACCAACGAACUCACACGGGAGAGAAACCAUUUAAAUGUAUUGAAUGUGGAAAGAGCUUCAGUGAUAGUGGAUCACUUAGAAUACAUCAACGAACUCACACGGGAGAGAAACCAUUUGAAUGUUUUGAGUGUGGAAAGAGUUUUAGCAAAAGUGGAACUCUUAAAAUACACCAACGAACUCACACGGGGGAGAAACCAUUUAAAUGUAUUGAAUGUGGAAAGAGCUUCAGUCAUUAUGGAAACCUUAGAAUACAUCAACGAACUCACACGGGGGAGAAACCAUUUCAAUGCAUGGCAUGUGGAAAGAGCUUCAGUACAAGUGGGAAACUUAGAAUACACCAACGAACUCAUACAGGGGAGAACAUAUUUAGAUGUAUUGAAUGUGGAAAGAGUUUCAGCAAAAGCGGAGCACUUAGAUUACACCAACGAACUCACACGGGGGAGAAACCUUUAAAAUGUAUUGAAUGUGGAAAGAGCUUCAGUGAUAGUGGGAAACGUAGAAGACACCAACAAACUCACACAGGGGAAAAACCACAGAUACUUUAAUUAACUUUAAUAAACCGCAUAGGUGUUUUUUACCUUUACUUCUAUGCUUCCUUGCAAUCCUGACAAAAUCAAACCAUGCCAAUGCUUUCAGCCCCAGAAGAGGAGCUUCCCUUGGUGUCA